AUGGACAACGAUCCAAAAAGAAACUAUCUGAUUACUGGUGCGCCGCAGUGCCCAUACCCUGAUCAUUAUCUUGGACCAGAAAGACCUGGAUCUGGUAAUCGUGCAGUGUUCCUUUUUGUAGUUUGAAAGUAUAAGAAUGAAAAUACUCAAUUACUUUGGCGAUGAAAAUAACCGAAUGCAAUUAUAAAGAUUUGAAAAACAACAGCCCUUACUCUUUGUGACCGCUGUAGUCAUUUCACUGUAGUUGUUAGAGAACUCCUCAUGAGAUCGGUUUGAAGGUAGUUCUCAUCUUCAUUCCGGUUUAUCCGAGAGUUUAUAUCUGUGAAUUAUAUUUAUGAAAUGAUGAAGAUAUGAUCGUGAAUUUCAUAUAGUUUUUCAUCCCCCAGUUCAUAUAUGAAAUUCAUCAUCAUUCCCCAGAAUAUUACGAACCAAUUUAAUGACCACCUAACAACUGACUUGCUAGCUCAAUUGGUUAGAGCGCCUCAUAGGUCAGUGAUAGGUAUCUCAGAGAUCAGGAUCUCAGGGAUCGAAUCCCGACAAAACUGAAUUUUUGCAAGCUAUUUUUUUUAACUAUGAAGAUCUUCUACGCGUUCAAUUACAUCAAUAUCACGCCUGUUUCAACGGUUCCUUUUCGGAGAAGUAACUUUGUCUUAAAAGCCCUCCAGCACCUUAAAAUUUCAUGUCGUGUAUUUUAUAACUCGUCUUUCUAAAUCGUUAUUUUCAGGUUUGGAAGAUGCCGGUCAAUUGGUGGAUCACCUCUAUAUACAGUUCUACAAUAACUACUGCCACACAGGCGCUGGAAAAUGGUUUAUUAAUACUCUGAAUCAAUGGCUGGCAUUCUCAAAAAGAAUGAAACCAAAAGGUCCACUGAUUUUUAUUGCUCUCCCAGCGGCUACCAGAGCAUCAAGUGGUGCGCAAUAUUACAGGCCCCCUGAUGAAUUGACUGCAAUGUAUCAGGUAGGUCAGUACAGGACAUCAAAAACCAAGGAGGGAACUAAGCGCUUGUCUUUUACAAUGCGUUAAUACACUUUCUAAAGUUUUUAAGCGAUGUAGAACCCCAUACUUCUAAAUAUUCUUAUCCUGUUUUACAGUCAGUAAAGAAUCUUCAAGGGGAUCGGUGGAAUCAUGUUAUGGGACGUUUCCUUGGACCAAAACAACGUAAUAAAUGGUUAG